AUGGGUUGUUGUAAGGUGCCAGCUCUUAUUCAGGCGCAGGUUGAAAUGGGUUUGGUUAAUGAUGUUGAGCACAAAAGCCUUUUCAGACGUGAAACUGAUUCCCCACAAAGAAAAGCUUCUUCUUUGAUGGAACAAGGAUCACUCUCUUCAAGUUUUCGCGAACGUGCACCUAAAACACCUAACAACAGUGUGCUCCAGAGCUUCAAGAUUGUUAUUUUGUCGAAUAAGCUCAAUCUUUUGUUGCCUUUUGGUCCUCUAGCUAUACUACUUCAUUACUUGACCGAUAAUAAGGGAUGGAUCUUCUUACUGAGCUUAGUAGGCAUCACACCAUUAGCUGAACGUCUCGGAUAUGCCACAGAGCAAUUGGCUUGUUACACGGGUUCAACUGUUGGAGGCCUGCUAAACGCUACAUUUGGAAACGUGACAGAGCUGAUCAUAUCGAUUUUCGCUCUUAAAACUGGAAUGAUACGCGUUGUACAGCUGACACUGCUCGGCUCGAUCCUUUCUAACAUGUUGCUUGGAAACGCCGUUGUGAAUUCAGGAUUGCUUUUGAUGGCUGUCAUGGGGUUACUCUUCCCCACAGUUCUUCAUUACACGCACAGUGAGGUUCAUGCUGGGUCAUCAGAGCUUGCUCUCUCAAGAUUCAGCAGUUGCGUAAUGCUCGUUGCCUAUGCUGCUUACCUCUUUUUCCAGUUGAAGAGCCAGCCGAGUUCUUAUACUGCUCUUACGGAGGUUUGUUGUCUUUGA